GUCCGGUAAACAACGAUGAUUUUGCGAACGUCCGAGUCAUCACCUCUCAUCGUUUGCGUACAGCGGUAGCGCCAAAGUUUGUUGCAACUAUCAGCGAUCUGCGCAUGGUUCUCAAAAUGCCCGGAAAGAGGAAGAGACCGUAUUCGAAUGUUGACUUCACGUUGAAGAGGGUGUUCAAGAAGCCAUGUUUCCGUCCUCUGCAACGCGAAGUUAUCAUGGCGACAUUAGAGGGCGAAGAUGUCUUUCUGCAAGCAGCUACAUCAUUUGGCAAAAGCCUGUGCUACCAGCUGCCAGCUGUGGUCGAUCUCGGCAUUACUAUUGUCGUUUCUCCGCUUUUGGCGCUCAUGAACAAUCAAGUCGCGUCUAUGCGCAACUCACGCAUCAAAGUCGAGACAGUCAACAGCACAACUCAACGACAUGAGCGGGAACGCAUAUUGGCAGACCUCCAAUGUGGCCAUCCUUUGACCAGGCUCCUCUACGUAACUCCAGAGUACUGCGUAACAGACCACUUCCGCAAAAUACUCCGCCUCAUUCAUUCGCAGAAAGAGCUCGCACGUGUAGCAGUCGACGAGGCCCACUGUGUCAGUGAAUGGGGCCACGACUUCAGACCAUCGUUUCAACAGCUCUCCUUCUUCAAGCUGGAGUUUCCGGACGUCCCAGUCAUAUGCCUCACAGCCACAGCGACCUCCCGCGUGCGCGACGACAUCAUCAAGACUAUGGCUCUCGAUCCUCUCAAGUUACGCGUCUUCCGUAUGAGCACCAGCCGCCCUAAUCUGCACUACGAAGUACGUUUCAAGUGCGAUGCAGACGACCACUACACCGACUUUCUCUCCUGGCUCAAGAAGAUCCACGACCGUCGCGCCAACUCGGAGCGAGCCAGCCAGCUUGCCACCCAGCAACAACGCACUAAUAACGUUUCUGGAAUCAUAUAUACCCUCUUUCGCAAAGAUUGCGAGUCACUCGCCGCGCGCCUCCGCAGCGACGGCAUCGGCGCAAAGCCCUACCACGCCGGACUUCCUCACACGGAGCGCACCGACACGCUGCACGGCUGGGUCGCCAACAAAGAAGGCUACGACGUCGUCGUCGCCACAACAGCAUUCGGCAUGGGCAUCGAUAAAGAAGACGUCCGCUUCGUGGUGCACUGGCAGAUACCCAAGUCGUUCGAAGGCUUCUAUCAGGAAGCCGGGCGCGCUGGCCGAGACGGCAAAGCCAGCAUGUGCAUACUGUAUUACGGUCGGGAAGACCGUGACCGUGCUGCGUCGCUUAUGGCGAGAGAUCAGGCGAGGCAGCCGACGAAGGGCGACGGAAGGGCUGCGCAGCGGCAGCAGAUUCUCAAUCGCGCGAAGAGCUUGCAGGAGCUUGUCGACUACUGCGAGGCGACGAAUAAGUGCCGGCAUAAGAUUAUUGCGAGGUAUUUUGGCGAUACGGAGGAUCCGCCGUGUGACUUUGCGUGUGACUGGUGCAAGGAUGCGGAGGCGCUUGUCAGGAGGAAGGAAAAGGGGUUGGCAAGCGAGGAGUGGUGCAGUACGCAGCGAGAGAUGGGCAGGUAUGAAGGGGAUUACGAUGAGUAUGACUGAGAGAGCGAGAAGUGUCUGAGCGUUGUUGCAUGAUGCAUGGGACUGGCGUAUGACCAAUAUGCGCAGUGCUUUACUACGACAUAAUGAUUCAGUGAAGACAACAGAAAGUAUCAGAAGAACACAAGUCGUUAUUUCGGGC